AUGUCGGCUAUCUCAGUAUGGGAUGUCGCUCAAUCAGACAAGCGUGAAGUUAUAGUGGAACCUGAACUCGAUCCGGUAAGUUAUAAAGGGUGGCAUGAAAACAUUCCCGAGUUCCAGACUAGUAUACUUGUUUUGUUUCCGCGUGUUGCUGCCCAGGAAUAUUCUCGAACAAGUGUUAGUCGUUCCGCCAGUAUCCCUGGAAGGUGGGUAGAGCCAGAACCCGAGUUACACAUUCUAGAGACUCUUAUACACGGUGGGAAAGGACUAGCAAAAUGGUCCGAAGUGGUAUUAGAAGGUGAGGAGGAAGAGGAAGACAGGAAAGCAAAGGAGGAAAAUAAAAGAAUAGAAGAGAGGAAAAGAAUGUUGCAAGAGGAUUUGAAGAAGUUGGAGAACCCGAUCGUGGGAACACGAAGGUUGUCACAGAAGGAAUCGAACGUAGGAGCGGCGUCAAAGCCAAGUGUGGUAUAG